UGCCGGGUUAGGGGUCAGCGAUGGCGGCGGUGUCGAGAAGCUUUGAGCUUUUUCUCUUCGUGUCGCAGCUGCACGCGCUGUUGGGCGGCGACUCCUUCAGCACUAAGGAUCCCAACCGAGGGCUCUCGGCUGAAAGCUCUUUGCUUCCAACCACCAUUCUGAACACUACACCUAGUACUUUGCCGGCAGCAGUGAGCACGGUGUCAUCUCACCUACCAGACUGUCCCAGUGCUGGACUCUGCAGCAAGUUGCCUGCAUCCUGUAUGACUUGUGAGAUGCAUAACAAGUGUGUGUAUGGCAAAGAUGCAACAUUUAAUUGCACAACAAAGCCAGGAGUACAGUGUGUAGAUGAGAAUAAAGUGGAUCAGAAAUUUUUCCAAAUAACCAUGAUCUGUCGAUUUUGUUGGCAACUACCACCCACUGAAUACAAUUGCACAAACUUGAAAAUCUGCAAGACAGUUCAAUGUCCUCGUGAAUAUUACAUUUCCAACUGUACCGUUCUACCCCAUGUCCAUUGUUUGGGGUAUCGGGAGUUCCAAAAGAAAAUGUAUUGCAAUUUGACAGGGGGCUACAAAUGGUCAACCGCACUGGCUCUAAGCAUCACACUGGGUGGCUUUGGAGCAGAUCGUUUCUAUUUGGGCCAGUGGAAGGAGGGUCUCGGCAAACUCUUCAGCUUCGGAGGCCUUGGAAUCUGGACCUUAAUAGAUGUGCUGCUGAUCGGCAUUGGAUAUGUGGGUCCUGCGGAUGGUUCUUUGUAUAUUUGAUCUGAAAAUCAGGCCUUGCCUGCAUUGACUGAAUUUUAUACAUUUUCUUUAGCCAGAAGACAGCACCAAACAGAACUGUGAAUGUGGUUGCUGAUGGGGGAAGAUUGCUUGUGUAUCUCACAGCUGCUGCUUAAUGUGUACAGUAUCUGUACUGAGCAUUUUUGCCUUGACUUGCUAAGGUAAUAAGGAAUUGUAUGAACAUUGUAUCAGAUCACAUUUUUUCAGUUAUGUGCAGCCAAAAGUCAGUGAAGUGUCGAGUAGCCUUAUUUUCACCCAUUGCAUUGGUUUCUUCAGACACUGUCGAGGUGAAAUAAUUUACAACCACUGUAAAAUAUCUCUGCACUGCUGUUGGGAUCUUGGAAGGAACGUUGGAUGCAUGAAAUGGGAGUAGAUUCUGAAAAUCUUUUAGUAGCAGAUUAAGAAUGAACUAAGUUGGGGAAAGGACUUUGGUAGGAAUGAUGGUGGCAGCUGUCAAGGUGCUUACAGUACUGGGAUUAGAAUGGCGACUGGGCUGCUUGCAAAACUGCUCAAUUAACUUAUUGUGGAAUCCUGUAGCAAAUGAGACCUGGAUUCGAUUGCUGGCAGG